AUGCUUGCAAACGAGCGCACGACACGACGACGCUUGCCGCGUGCGGAAGCCAUCGCUGCCGGUGCAUCCAUGAGAUCGUCUACAUCGUCGGCAGCUGCAGCACCCACCACGACCCAAGCAUCACCUGGUAGAAGAAAGCAAGUGAUUCAUGUGGCCGACGUCGUCAGGGCGAGGAAGGAGCUGGAUGCGAUAUGGAAGGCCACCCCCGCCAACGCACCAUCCAUCGAUCAAAACGGUGACGCUUCUUGGGGAUCUGUUGUCUUGUGUGAAGCCACCACGUGGAAUGAUUUCGAGCGAUGGCUCAAAUCCAACGAAGGACGAGUGCGACGGUGGGUCUUUGAGCCUCUGGCUGAUAGGCCGCCUGGCAAGGGAAGAGUGGUCAUCUACAGCAUUCCAUCUUCCAUUCUCGAAGAAACAGCCGGUUUCGUCAACAGCUCGAUCGUCAUGCAAAUCCAAGAGGCUGGAAAUGAUAUCCGCCUAUUCUCUACUGUGCGCUGGAAAGCGUCUCCCACUUGCCGGACACGAGAUUUUGGCCAAGAACCCGAUGCUUCUCUCACUCCUGUGGGCCUGACGAUUGGAGGAUCGGUGUUGGCGGCCGGACCUGACUUCCCAUAUCCCAACGUCAUCGUCGAAGUGGCCUACAAGAAUGACUCCCUAGAACGACUUCGUGCCAAACUCGACCGUUGGAUGAGUGACACUACUUCUGUCCAAGUCGCAAUUGGAAUCAAGAUCGAUGCUGCUAGCCCGAGCCGAGUAGCUAUCUUGCUCCAACGUGGUCAACCUGUUAUGCCACCUGUGGAGUUUGGGCAUCCAGACCCAGGCCCGCUUCAGAUUUCGUUUCCCCUCGCAUCUGUGUACGCUGGUGUGGCGUUACCACCCGCGUUGGCGGGUCUCGGCAAUACCCCAAUUUCGAUUGAUUUGAUUCAGUUGCGAACCGUGAUGGAUGAAGCUAUCGGGCAAGAACUGCCUGCAGCUCAGUAA